UCGAUCCCCCGGCCCGCUGUCUGGAGCUUGCAUUGCUCCCUCGAGUCGACAUCUUCUCCUCCCUCUGCAUUCCGUCGUCGCCUACCCGGCCGCUCCCUAUCAUUCCUCUAUUAUAUACAUAGUUGCAGAGAGUCCUCAACCACACACUCGAUCGAACAGCCGAGAGAGGGAACGAUAGAUGGGGCGGUCGCCGUGCUGCGACAAGACGAAGGUGAAGCGGGGACCGUGGUCGCAGGAGGAGGACGCCAUCCUCCGGAGCUUCGUCGAGAGGUUCGGCAAUGCCGGCAACUGGAUAGCCCUGCCCCAGAAAGCAGGGCUGAAGCGAUGCGGCAAGAGCUGCCGCCUACGGUGGCUCAACUACCUCCGCCCGGAGCUCCGGCACGGCGGCUUCACCGACGAGGAAGACGACCUCAUCCUCUCCCUCUACGGCGAGAUCGGGAGCAAGUGGUCGGUGAUCGCGUCCAGGCUCCCCGGACGCACGGACAACGACGUCAAGAAUUACUGGAACACCAAGCUCAAGAAGAGGUACCUGGCGUCCACAAGAGAAGGAAGGCCGCCAGCACCACCUCCUGCCACCGCCGCGGACAGCCAGCCCCAAGACGAUGAUGAACACCCUGCAGCGCCGACUCCUCCAGCUCUGGCCAACCUCGACGACGCAUCAGACACUGGCGCUGCCGCCGUCGACGACGACGCGCUCCUCCUCAAGUCGGAGCAGCUGUACGCGGAGCUCGUGGGCCUCAUCGAGCAGCAGUCGUCAUGGCUGACCACAACUACUGGACCGCCGUCGUCGUCAGCAGCGACGCCGUCGUCCUCGUCGGGAACAAGUCCGAUGGGUACCAGUUCAGGGAGCUGCGCCGCCGUGUGGCCCACCAGCAAGGACGUGCAUGACACAACGCUCUUGUCCGAGUCCAGCAGCAGCAGCCUGUUCGACGCUUGUCACGGUGUUGUUGGCGAUGACGCGUUCGGAGCGGCUCUGCUACCCGCGUACUCCUUCCAAGACCUCCUGGCCGCGUCUUACGACGAGUUUACCGCGGUGACGCAGGAGUUGCAGUACUAACAUAUCGCAUGGCGCUUGGUCAAGUUGGUGUCGUGUGGUACCACUAGGUUGUGAAUUUGUGAUAGGCAGUGAUUAGACGAUGAUGACGAGAAGAGACGUCAUGAUGAUCGUUCGUGCAAUCCCGUUGGGUGCAUGUAAUAUAUUAGAGCAAAGUUAAUAAUACAAGCGGUCAGGACCGUCUCCAGAAA